AUGGAUCCUCUUCAGCUCGAUAAGAUCGGACACCGCUACAACGAUGCGGCCAAUCUUCCUAACCUAUGGUUACUAGAAGAUAUCCUUAAAGGUCAAGUUGGUGCGAUUCACGGGCUCGAAGUGCUUGACUUAGCCUGCGGAGCCGGGUACUGGUCCCGAAAAAGCAUUGACUGGGGAGCAAAAAAAGUUGUUGGCGUGGAUAUCUCCAAGGUCAUGGUGGCCAGCGCACGUCUCCAGGCCCGGCCAGAGGAUCCCUCUGAGUUCCAUGUUGUGGACUGCAUCAAACCAUUUAGCAUAGGGACAUUCGACCUCGUCUUAGGCAUCUGGCUUCUGAACUAUGCCAAGAGCCAGACGGAGCUGUUGACGAUGUGGCAGAAUAUCUUUCACAGCCUGAAGCCCGGGGCACAAUUUCUCGGAAUCAUUCCAAAUUUCGAGAUACUACAGACGACUGCCUGCGGACAAGAAUACCACUUCGGAGGAGUGACCUACAAAGUGCUUGAACGGAUGACACAAGGUACUCGCAUUCAGGUUAUUCUCGACACUACGGACCCAAUAGCAUUCUUCUGCUAUAUGCUUGAACCGAGGUUGCAUGAGGAAUGUGCAACUCAGGCUGGGUUCAGCAACAUGAGAUGGGAGCCGCUUCCCCCUGAACUCAACGUGGGCUUGGGUCCUCUUUUUUUCCAGAUUGUCACUGCUUCGUGCCCCAAGUCAUAG